GUUUUGGAAAAUAAUUGAUAUUUUUGGCGAACUUUAAAGAUGAGAAGCAAAGACAGAAAGCGAUCAAUAAAUCAAUAUAAGUAGAAGAUAAAGAAAAGGCUUGAAUCAUUUAUAGUCGGCAUCGAGUUCAACGUAACGGUUCGUUAAUUGGAACGCGAAGCGUACUAACUCCUUACCACAAAGACCUAACCUUCACAUUAACACGGACGAUCUUAUGAACGAAUUAAUGGCUGAAGUAAAAUGGACACACCACUAAAUACACUCCCUCCUGUUGAGACGGUAGUGGAAACGAUCAAUAAAUUCCGUUCGGGAACAUUAGACGAGGCACCUUGUCCGAUAAGUUCACAAUCGAUUAAAGAAUAUACUCAACCGGAGGGAGUUGUUGAAAUCAUUAGGAAUUGGCGGGACUAUAAACCGGAAGUGAGAGUAACGGAUUAUGUUAUGACCGACAGGAUCUGUGGUGUGGCCAGAUUUUUUCCAUCUUUACAUGCGGACAAGAAAGAGGAAUGUGAAAUGACUAAAAAUUUGUUCGAUGAAAGUUUUUAUGAAAAACAAAAAAUGGCGGUCACUUGGUAUAAAACAGUAAUGAAGCGACUACUAGUUUGGAGUUUGCUGGCUCAAAAAAGGAUUUCGAAUGAGGAAUUAAAUAACUAUAACCAAAUUAAUGCGUCUUGUUCCGCUAGGUUACUUAACCCGCUGCCUAAAAAAGAAGUUAAAUUUACGGACGGCAUAAAAGAAGGGAAGAAACACAUUUUAGCAACGUUGGGCUACGCAGAACAUUAUGUUGUUGAUUUAUCAUUACCAUCACCACCAGAUUCUACACCCAAAUCCCGUAUCCAUUACCUCAAGCCAUGUCAAGCAGAAACUCUUAGCUCUAGAAAUCAAUUAUCGUGGGCUCUUAAUAAACCUCAUAUCACUAAUCGUACGUUAGCAUAUAAUGACCAUUUGUUACGUUCUAAUCAGUUAACAAGACGUGCAGUCAGCAAUAUUACAUUAUCCGAAAUUGUAAAUUUUUCUGAUAUCUUAUCAAUAUACUUUAGAAUUUAUUCCGAUGGUUCAUUAUAUAGACCAGAUCCUCCUUUACCUCCUAAUAUGGGUUUUGGUUGGCUUCUCACAUCUCCCAACAAAUUAUUAAUGAUGUUCUUUGGAAGAUUGGAUAGGUGGGCCAGUUCUACGAAACUGACGUCUACAAAAAUCAACAAUCGUCACAUUUGGCAAGCAAUUAAACAAAUUAUAUUUUCCCUCAAAUUGAAGGUCCUUUUGAAAAAAGUGAAAGCUCAUUCUAAUGAUUUAUUUAAUGACCAGGCAGAUACACUAGCAAAACAGGGAGAAUAUUGUGAUUUGAUUUGUGACAUUAACCUAUCAUUACAAAAUGGAACUUUAAUUUUUAAUAAUGAGUUUGCUAUCAAUAGAAAUAUUUGUCAAACUUUAUCAAAACCAUUACAAUAUAGACAAUUCAAAAUUCAUUUGUCGCAUAACUCUUUACAACUCAUCAAAGAUUUCACGUUAGACAAUUUAAUUAAUUGGGAAUUACUAAAUUCUGGAUGA